AUGGUUUUCUCAUCCGUCUCAAGCUUUUUAGAUCCACCAAUUAACUGGCCACAGUCUGCGAAUCCGAAUAAUAAUCCUAAUCAUCCUCAUCAUCUUCAGCUACAAGAAAGUGGAAGUUUAGUCAGUGGCCACCAAGUAUUCUCUCACCACUUCCCACCAAACCCUAACCCUAACCACCACCAUGUUGACACGGCAGCCGCCUCCACCGUUGAUCCGCCCAAUAUCCAUGGAUCCGCGGCUGAAAGAGCAAGACUAGCAAAGAACCCUCAGCCGCCGGAGGGAGCCUUAAAGUGCCCUCGAUGCGACUCAGCCAACACCAAGUUUUGUUACUUCAACAACUACAACCUCACGCAGCCACGUCACUUCUGCAAGGCCUGCCGCCGCUACUGGACACGUGGUGGCGCCUUGAGGAACGUACCCGUCGGUGGUGGCUGCCGGAGGAACAAGAAGGGUAAAACCGGAAAUUCAAAGUCUUCCUCUUCUUCACAGAACAAGCAGUCAACGUCUAUGGUCAACGCUCCAAGCCCUACAACUACUAGUAAUGUCCAGCUCCAAACAAAUAGCCAAUUCCCCUUUCUUCCCACUCUACAGAACCUCACUCAACUCGGUGGCAUCGGUUUAAACUUAGCCGCCAUUAAUGGAAAUAAUGGUGGAAACGGUAACACUAGUUCAAGCUUCUUGAAUGAUUUAGGGUUUUUUCAUGGAGCUAACUCUUCAGGUCUGGUCAUGGGUAACAACAACAAUAACAACAGCGAGAAUAACAUUAUGACUUCUCUUGGAUCAGCGAGCCACUUUGCCUUUUUCGACCGAACCAUGGGAUUAUAUUCUUUGCCUAAUGAGGGCAAUAUGGGCAACAAUAUGGGCUUGUCUUCUUCAUCAGUUUCUAUUGGGGCUUCUAGGGUUUCUCAAACUGCUCCGGUGAAAAAGGAAGAAGCACAUUUGGGCAAUAUAAGCCGGCCGGUUUCGGGUUUGACAUAUCCGGGGAAUCAGUCCAAUCAAUAUUGGACCGGUUUGGGUCUCCCCGGUUCUUCUUCAAACGAUCAGCACCACCACCACCAAAUGUGA